UAUUUUUUAGCACAUUCUCGCCAAAACACAUUUCUUGUAUUGUGCCGCGUUAUUUGCUUUUGCCCAUAAUAAAUAAUAAACGAAAUGAAGCGAUUAACAGAUGAACGUACAAAGAUUCUCUUUGAGAAGCUUGCUAAAUACAUUGGAACAAACGUGCAACAACUCAUAGAUAGGCCGGAUGGAACUUAUUGCUUCCGCGAGCACAAAGAUCGUGUUUAUUAUGUCUCUGAGCGCAUAUUAAAGCUAAGCGAGUGUUUCGGCUACAAGCAACUUGUGUGCGUGGGCACCUGCUUUGGAAAGUUUUCGAAGACAAAUAAACUAAAGUUCCAUAUUACGGCGCUUUAUUAUUUGGCUCCCUAUGCACAGUACAAGGUUUGGGUCAAACCUUCCUUUGAGCAACAGUUUCUUUAUGGCAAUCACAUACCAAAAUCUGGCUUGGGCAGAAUAACGGAGAACGCUGGACAGUACCAGGGUGUGGUUGUGUUUUCUAUGAAUGACUUGGCUCUAGGAUUUGGUGUUCUUGCCCGAUCCACUACUGAAUGUAAAACUGCCGAUCCGCUGACGACUGUUUGCUUUCAUCAGUCUGAUAUUGGCGAAUAUAUACGCGCUGAGGAUACACUUUUUUAAUUUUAAUGGAAAUAUGAUGUUAGUAAGAUAGUAAACUUUUACUUAUUGUAUAAUUAAGCGAAAAGUAAGUCCACUAAGAAAUCGUUAUAAAUCGCAUCCUGUAUAAUAUAAAAAAUAAUUACAAACUAAAAUUCGUUUGUUCGCAAAUAUAAAACUUUAAUAAGAAAUAACGACUGUCAAUAUAAAGAAAUAAGUUAUAAAUUUACAAUUAGACAGUUCUUUUUAAAACAACGAAUGAAAAAUAAUUUCAUAAACGUAUUUACCUGGCAUUGGGCUUAUGUAUAAUCGUAGAACAGCAAUUAAAAUGUCAAUUUGUACAAUA